CUAUUCAGUUGAAUUUUGGACUCGAGAGACUUCGGAUCGAAGCUCAACCUGGGAUUUGGAUUUGGAAGUUUUCACCUUGUUAUAAAACCACAUAGUUGGGCCCUUUCCCCCUUCUCCGCACAUACUAACGAAAAUGCUGCAACUUCAAAAGAUGAAUACUCUGCUGCUGCUCUUGGCCAUGAUGCGCUGCAUCUGUGCCACGCCCAUAGCUCCUGCCACGCCCGAUGGCGCCACGCCCAUCGACGCCCGCGUCUCGGCCGCCGACUUCGGAGCCCAGGAUGCUUUCGAUGCCGCCGACAGCUCCGCGGAAUCCACCCACGCGCAGGCCAGCGACGCCGGGUUCAAGAUCUCUCUCCUGCCCACUCCGGCUAAAACGGCGGAAUCGGUGAAUCUAGAGCAGGAGGCCAUUCCCUCGAAGGUGCUGAGCGUGUACGACAACAGUCAAAAGAGGCUGGCCGAUUUGGCGCAGCCCGUUCCCAUUUUGGACUCCAUCAGUGAGCACGAGAAGUACGGCAACAACGGUGACAUGUUCGACGGCAUCUCGCGAUCCAUUGUCAACGGCUACGAGGCCUUUUCCAACCUGCUCAACACCUUUAUUCAGGUGAGGGAGUGCCGAAAUUGCGACCAUUGUGUUUGGUUUGUUUGUUUGCCCUGUUUCUUGGUCAAUCCAUUCGCACACACGUUGCAUAAUGGUCCCAGCGAUGCACCGGCUCAGCAGCCAAACAAAAUUUAAACAAUACUUUAAACAUGCGUACGAAAGAGCCUAUCAACUUACGGCCUUAGCUGUCAGUAUUACUGCAAGUCCUUGAGUCUUGGCUAUUUUCAAGCCAGAUUGACAGUACCACGACCCGCUGGCACUGCUUAUGCAAUUAGUCGCUCGUCGUGUGCGCUUGCGCUUCGCUUUGAGCAAGGUCAGUUCCAGUGCCAGCUUUCCCUCUCUUGACCACUCUCUUCCCCCCAUUUCUCUCUUGCAGAAGCCCAAAGAGUUGGCGCGCAGCGUGACGAAGGGGAUCACGGCUCAAUUGGAUAUCAUAGGAGGCAAAUUGGUGGGCCUUUGAGAAGGCGUGUAAUUUAAAUAAAUACUUUAAUUUAUUUUGUAACUUAACACGAACAUGUUGUUUAGGAAUGCAUUUCGAUAUAAAUAUUUGUAUGUAUGAAUAAAAUAAUCAUACGCAUAGUAGU